CUGGAGCCCUAUAUUCUGCCAUGUCGAAGGCAGAACGGAAGCGAGCCCGCGACGAUGAGACCUCCGAGCAUCGGUGGAAGAAGUCUUCCACCGAUGCAAAGAAGAAAAAACACAAAGCGUACAUGAAAGACUUUAAAGUGUGGUCCAAAACUUCGUCGACCACUGCCGCCGAGUGGCUGACUGAGGACGAAGCUAUCUUGCGGGAGAAACAUCAGUUCCUCCGUAACGACGAUGUGGAUGCUGUUGACGGUGAAAAAGACUGGAAAGUGCGCAUGGCCGUACGAUACUACCAGAAGCUCUCGAAGGAGUAUGCGUUGGCAGAUUUCAGCCGCUACAAGGAGGGAAAGGUCGGGCUACGGUGGCGGACGGAGCGUGAAGUUGUCGAUGGCAAAGGACAAUUCGUGUGUGGAAACAAAAAGUGCGACGCAAGUCAUGGACUCGAAAGCUACGAAGUCCUUUUUGCGUAUGUCGAACACAAGGAGAAGAAGCAGUGCCUCGUGAAACUUCGCGUGUGCCGUGCAUGCGCCCUGAAGCUCUUCCAUCGCAAAAUCCUCGAAAUUCAAGCACAGCAUAGCCAUGACAAAGGUGCCGCUGAUGAAAACGUCCAAAAAUUGCUUCAAGGCAAACAAGUCGAUGACGACGACAGCGAUGAUGAUGGCUAUAUCGAGCAGCGUGAUGACAAGGCAUUUGAGGCAGUCGAUGGAACCAGCUAACUUAUCAAGGAGACUCCCAUUCACUCUUGAGUCUCCCCCGCUCCAUGCCACGCGCUAUGUUGCACAGGUGUUUGGUACACGUGAACGCACUCAUGACAGCAUUGUCGUUGCUGUCCUGAAUUUGUG